AUCCCCCGAUUCCCGGCCCCGCUUCCCGGGUGCCGCCCCUCGCCCCUCCCCGGAAGGGCGGCCCCGUCGCGGCCGGCGCGGAGCCGGCAUGGAGCGCUACGAGGCCUACGGCUUCUCGGGGGCCAUGAGCGGCGCCUUCCUGCUGUCCUGCCUGCUCUUCGCGGCCGUCAGCCGCCGCCAGCGCGGGCCCUACAUGGACGAGGUGUUCCACGUCCCGCAGGCGCAGGCCUAUUGCCACGGCCGCUUCCUGCAGUGGGACCCCAUGAUCACCACGCUGCCCGGCCUGUACCUGCUCUCGGUGGGAGUGGUGAAGCCCGCGGCGUGGCUCCUCGGCUGGACGGGAAGCGUGGUGUGCUCUGUGGGAAUGCUCAGGUUUAUCAACCUCCUCUUCAGUGCUGGGAACUUCUACUUACUGUACUUGCUUCUGUUCAAGAUCCAUCAGAAGAAUAAGGCUGUGUCUGGUUUCCAGAGGAUCUCGUCUGCAUUAACUCUUGCAGCAUUUCCCACGCUUUAUUUUUUCACAUUCCUUUAUUAUACAGAUCCAGGAUCAGUAUUUUUUACUCUUUUUUCCUAUUUAAUGUGCCUUUAUGGUAACCAUAAAACUUCUGCUCUCCUUGGAUUUUGUGCCUUCAUGUUUCGUCAGACAAACAUUGUGUGGACAGUUUUUUGUGCUGGAAAUGUUGUUGCAGAGAAGCUAAAUGAAGCCUGGAAGAUUGAGUUGCAGAAAAAGAAAGAUGAAAAGAUUUCUUCCAGGAAAGGAUCAUUUUCAGAUUUGACCAGAAUACUGCAGUUUCUUGUUAAAUAUCUCUUGUCACCCAAAAAUUUAGUUACACUUACUGCUUUAACUUGGCCAUACAUCAUUUUAGUAUGUCUCUUCUUUGUUUUUGUCUUCAUCAAUGGUGGAAUAGUUGUUGGUGACAGAAGUAGUCAUGAAGCCUGUUUGCACUUUCCUCAGCUGUUCUAUUUUCUGUCCUUUACUGUUUUUUUUUCAUUUCCUCAUUUACUGACCCCUACUAAAAUCAGGAAAUUCCUGUUGUCAUUGAAGAAGCACCCUGUGCAGUAUAGCUUAGUCACUGUCAUCUCUUUGUUCCUGAUCUGGAAAUUUACCUAUGUCCAUAAGUAUUUACUAGCAGACAACAGACAUUAUACAUUUUAUGUCUGGAGAAAAGUGUUCCAAAGACACGAGCUUGUAAAAUACCUGUUAGUUCCUUUCUACCUAUUCGCUGGCUGGAGUUUUGCUGAUACACUAAAAUCAAAAUCGAUAUUCUGGAUCUUAAUGUAUUUUGUAUGUUUAUUAGCAGUCACAGUUCCUCAAAAAUUGCUAGAAUUUCGUUACUUUAUUUUGCCAUUCUUAAUAUAUAGGCUCAAUAUUCCAUUGCUGCCUCUACAUAGACAACUUCUGGAACUGGCAUUUUAUAUUUUAGUAAAUGCUGUAACUUUUUAUCUUUUUCUAAAUAGAACAUUCCAAUGGGAAAAUAGUGAUGAAGUACAGAGGUUUAUGUGGUGACUUUUUUGAUACUUUUAUACCUGUAGGAAAACACAGUUCUGUUUCAGGACUGGACUCUGGAAUGAGACAGUAUGUUUUGCAUCACGUAAGGACUAUUUUCCCUAGCUGGAAUUGGGAAGUAAGCUCUUUGCUUACAUUGUUGCAACCAAAUGCAAGAUCUGUUAUAAUGUGAAGAUACUCCACAUAUUGAAUUUAUGAAAAUGUAAAAAUUCAAUAUGAGGGGAAAUGUGACAACACCUUUCUGUAAUUAUUGUAAAAUAAGGGAGAUGUUUACUGUCAUUUUUCAUGAUAAUAAAAUAUUAUAUAACAUGCCCUUGAAGGUAAAAUAGUUUAUAAGUAUGUUUCAGAGGUUUCUUUUUUACAAAAGAAGGAUUUCAAUCUAUUCAACCUUUUUGUUUAUUUAUCUGUGUGCAUAUUUAUUCCUCAGAUCAGGCCAUUUCCUUCUAGGUUUACUAGUGGUCAAAGUAUAAACCACUAUUAAAAUACAGUGUUUUCAAAGCCUCCUACGUCUCUCUGAAUUUUCAUUACUUUUUUUGUCAGUAAAUGCUUACAUUAGUUUUGUAAGAGAAUGGGCUCUUAAACCACUAGAGAAGUUUGAACAUUUUAUUUCAAACUGAUAUUUAGCAAACACAGUGGAUGCUGUGUGUGUGCACCUCCUUUGGAGGAAUAAGUGUUACUGUACA